UUCCCCAGGGCCCGCCUCCUCUCACGUGACAUGACGCCAUGGUUACGCUUUCCUGGGUUUGUUGGUUCGUCUUGAAACGAAUUGUUGUGUACAUAUAAUUGAAAAGCAGUUAAAUAGUAAAUUCUGAAUUAGUAACUCAAUGACACAAUUAAAAUGGCAGAGAACUGCAUUGCAUGUCUCAUCAAAAGUCCAGUCGCACUACAGAGUGGGGAUUUGAAAACAGAUUCUGCAAAGCCUGGUGUGUUUGUAAUUGAGGUGACUUUUCCAAAGGAGAGAAUUGCUAAUAUAAAGAAAAUCACAUUUAAGAAUUAUUAUACUGCUUUCUUAACAAUACGCCUUCAACAACGAGUGUCUGUAGCAUCUGAGAAAACUCAGCUGAAGUGGAAAACAUCCUUACGCAACAUGUGCCUGAUGCCCAGUCCUCACACUGAGAGUGGAUCGCAGGAAUACUUUUCCAUCUACAGACAUCAGAUGCUAUUUGAACCAAAUGAUGUAAUAACCAUGCGGCUGAUCCUCCGACAGCCAUCUCCAGUCUGGCUGAACUUUACAUUGGAAGAUAUCAAAGUAUAUGAGUGCAAUCACAACAAGGAUAAAGAUCAGGGACCAUGGCUUUCUAAGCUUACUCCGCUGGAACAACCUUUGAACUUAUUUGAAAUGUACUUUUUACAGGGAUUACCAGACCCUGAUGCAGUAGCUUCUAGUAUGCAGCAGAUGUGGGUGUUAACCGAAAUGGUCCAGAACAAUUCAGCCACUGCCCGUGUGGGACGCUUUGAUGUGGAUGGUUCCUAUGAUGUCAACAUGUUAUCCUACAUCUGAGUGGUUCUUCCGUCUGUGCUGUUCCCUCUGAGGAUCAGAGCAUUGAAAGCACCUUCAUUUGUGGCUGCAUGCAGGUCUGAAUGGCAAGUUGUUCGUGCCUCAACCGCAAACAGAACUGAAACCUGAGCUGAGUUCAUUUCAUAGUAUUGCUGUAAUAACUCCACUAUUGUUUUAUAUGUACAAAGUUAAUAAAUGUCUUAUUGUAAAUGUACACUAUUGUAAAUACAACAGUUGUUAAGGUAUGUAUUAUUUUUCAUUUUGGUUGGACCCGAUUGCUAGAGCUACGAAUGUUCACCUCAAUUGUGAAUUUAAUUAUCAAAAUAAACUUUUCAAAACAUGCAUUGCA